AUGCCGCUUCUCGUUGGGAAGACGCUGAGCUUGGCUAUCACGGCUACGGCCGGUAGCGGUUUCUUGCUAUUCGGAUAUGACCAGGGUGUCAUGUCGGGUCUGCUAACCGGCGAUGCCUUUGUUCGGACGUUCCCUGAGAUUGAUACCACUGAGGGAGGACAUGGGAAUUCGUCGUUGCAGGGGACUGUCGGUGUGGCAUUCGGAGCUGAGCAAAGCCUCGAGUCGAGGGAAGGGGACUACGGCAUGAGCUACGUGAGCAACGAAUCCCAAUUCCGCUUCCCCCUCGCCCUGCAGAUCCUCUUCGCAAUCGUCACCUUCCUCGGCGUCCUCGUCCUCCCGGAGUCGCCUCGAUGGCUCAUCGCCCACGACCGCCACACCGAAGCCCGACAAGUCCUCUGGUCCGUGCAGCCCAACGCCCGCCUAAUAACCCCAGACGACCCCGCCAUCAACCUCGAAAUCACCUCGAUCAGCCGCACGGUCGCCGAAGAGCGGCAGGCAACAGAAGCCGGCUCGUUCAAGAUGCUGCUGCAGGACGGGCCCCAGCGGAUCCGGCACCGCACGCUGCUGGCCAUGGGCGGCCAGAUGAUGCAGCAGCUGUCCGGCGUGAAUCUGAUUACGUAUUACAACACCGUGAUCUUCGAGCAGUCGGUUGGCAUGUCGCAUAAUCUGGCGCUGCUGAUGGCGGGGUUUAAUGGGGUUGCGUACUUUGUUUCGACGUUUGUGCCGGUUUGGGUGAUUGAUCGACUUGGACGUCGCAAGCUCAUGCUCUUUGCUGCGGGUGGGCAGUGUGCUUGUAUGGCUAUUCUGGCUGGGACGGUGUAUGAUGGCGGACACGCGGCCGGUAUUGUGGCCACGGUCAUGCUGUUCCUGUUCAACUUCUUCUUUGGAGUUGGCUUGCUUGCUGUUCCGUGGCUGCUACCAGCCGAGUACGCCCCCUUAGCGACCCGAACUCACACCGCUGCAUUGGCGACAGCAACAAACUGGAUCUUCACCUUCCUCGUAGUCGAGAUCACCCCGGUCAGCAUCUCCAACAUCGGCUACCGCACGUACAUCUACUUCGCCGUCUUCAACUUCUGCUUCCUCCCCCUGAUCUUCUUCUUCUACCCGGAGACGCGAAACCUCACGCUCGAGCAGAUCGACCGCCUUUUCACCGGCGAGAAAGUCCGGCUACACUGGGACACUUCGAUGGGCGUCGCAGGCGACACUGAGCACAGACUGCAGGAGAAGACGGGGGAUGCGGAGGUGCAGCAUGUGGAGUAG